GAGGAGAAGAGCAAAGUAGAGAGGGAAUUCCGAAUGGAAGCGAGACGGCGGUGCGGAGGAAAAAAAAAUGCCGGCAACGGGAUGCGGUAAUUUUUCGUCUAUUAAAACGAGCGUAAAACGGAGCUUCGAUGGAAAUACGAACCCCGUUUCGAGGCGGGUAAAUACAAUGUGCGAUACUAGAGUUUAACAGUGACCAACGGAUAUUUAACCUCCCCUGUUUACCAACGCGUAUCUACGCGCGUUUGAGGUUAGGUCGCCGCCGGCACAUAACCUCCAUCACCAUCGUCAUCGUCCUCAGCUCUUCGUCUCUCGUCGAGGAUAUAUAACAGUUAUAUUUCGCUAAUCAGGAGACUAAGUUACGGAAUGAACGCAUUGAUGACCAAAUAAUGAAGGCGAAUGGAACGAAUAAUGGCUGUAGCCGCCUGAAUACGCCACUGGCUGCGACCACCACGCUGGAGGACCCAGGGACACCUGCCUCCUGGAAGGGCCCGCCGCCCGGAUCAGAGGCUUCGCCGUUCACGCCAAACUCCGUCGGUCAAGGUCCAGGACCAGGUUCCGGACCUUACAACAAUUCCGGAGGCCCACCGAGCAACACGGGUGGUUUUCAAGGCCCCAGCCCGUUCCCCGGUGGGGCGGGCAGUCCGGCAGGGGCUCCACCUUAUCAGGGGCCGCCUCCAGGCUCCGGAACGCCUCAGUACACCGCGUCACCCGCGCCAAGCGGUUCCUCGACUCCCGGUCCAGUGCCGCCCCCGAAUUCCGCGGGAUUUCCACCCCCGCCGAACAAUUCCGGACCUCCUUACAAUGGCCCGGGCGCAAGUCCGUUUGGAUCUCCAUCCGGAGGUCCUCCGCAGUUCGUGGGACGACCGGGUUCGUCCGGACCGCCCUUUGUGCCCCCCGGUGCAGGGAAUCCUCACUUCCCGUCCCCAGGACAACCCUUUGGUGGUCCGCAGUAUGGAAUGCCGCCUGGCAGCCCGUUCGGACCUGGCGGACAUUCCAUGGGUGGUCCCAUGGGCCCUGGACAUCCUGGGAUGAUGGGACCCGGUGGACCCGUCGAUAGGAUGGAUCAAGGAUCGUUGCCUGUCCCCAGGAGGCACACCCCGUACUUUGGCCAGCCUGACUACCGCCUCUACGAGCUCAACAAGAGGUUACAGCAGCGGACAGAGGAAAGCGACAACCUUUGGUGGGACGCGUUUGCGACUGAGUUUUUUGAAGACGACGCGACCCUCACGCUAACGUUUUGUUUAGAAGAUGGACCUAAGAGAUAUACGAUAGGAAGGACGUUAAUACCGAGGUACUUCCGUUCGAUAUUUGAGGGCGGUGUUACGGAGCUUUAUUAUAAUAUGAAACACCCGAAGGAAUCGUUUCACAACACUAGUAUAACACUGGACUGUGAUCACUGUGUCAUGGUCACCCAUCAUGGGAAACCUAUGUUCACUAAGGUCUGUACAGAGGGUAGGCUAAUAUUGGAAUUCACAUUCGACGACCUGAUGAGGAUAAAGUCGUGGCAUAUGUCGGUGAGAACACAUCGAGAGCUGGUUCCCCGAUCUGUGGUCGGUAUGCAUACGGCGCAACAGGAUCCCACGAUGCUUGAACAGUUGAGCAAAAAUAUCACGAGACAAGGAAUCACAAAUUCUACCCUCAAUUAUUUAAGGUUAUGCGUCAUACUUGAACCGAUGCAGGAACUGAUGUCAAGGCACAAAGCUUACGCGUUAUCGCCCCGAGACUGUCUCAAGACAACUCUAUUCCAGAAGUGGCAGAGGAUGGUUGCCCCGCCGGGUAAGAGAGAGUCACAGAGGCCGGCGAAUAAGAGAAGAAAGCGAAAGGCCAGCGCGUCUGGUCCAGGUAAUAACGCACCACCAGCACCUAGUAAAAAAAGGUCCCCAGGCCCUAAUUUUUCAUUGGCGUCCCAGGACGUAAUGGUCGUCGGUGAGCCUUCCUUGAUGGGUGGUGAAUUUGGCGACGAAGACGAACGGUUAAUCACACGAUUGGAAAACACGCAAUACGACGCGGCUAAUAGCUUAGAUCCCCACAGUCACGAUACGUCCGGAGGUCCGCCACCGCAUCCUCACCAAUUUCACUCCGAGCCAAAUGCAGGAAAUUCUUGGCCUCCAGAUCGCGGUCCUGGUCCGCCACAAGGUGGUCCGGGAAAUCAGAUUUUUUUCCAGGGAGUCCAAGGGUCGCAGGGCGGCGGCGGAGCUGGGGUUCAGGGUUCGCAAGAUGCCAACCAGCAACAGCAAGACAAAAAAAGCCCCGCUGUGAGUCAGUGAGGCCAGGAGUCCCCGCGCCCCCCCACCAGGGGGCGACGGGGGCGCAGGCCCAAGAACAUGGCUCCCUAGCGGGGCGAGAACCUUCACAUCUCUCCUUCCUACCUAGGUCCUUCUCAUCAUCGUCUGUCACACGUCGGUGUUCUUCCUGCAAUACCUCCGCAUCCUCCCCAAAACCUUUCGUCGAUCCCUGAGAGCAACCAUAAUCCUCCACCACCUCCACCUCCUCCUCCUCCUCUUCCUCCUCCAUCUCUGCAUUCUCCUGCCGUGGAAAUGGAAGCUUCGAGACUAGCUCAGGCGCAGCAACAUUCGUUGCUCUCCGAGUCUGGGCCAGGUACGAUGUUGUCGCCAUCUGCUCAGCCUACUGGUGGGGGUUUGACGCAGCCGAUUCAGCAAGGUCAAGGUCAAGGACAAGGUCAGGCCCCUCUGCAGAGUUUGGUGCAACAGCUGCUCUACCUACAACUCGAGUAUUUAUUGGCACAGCGAAGUCAUGUUUGAACGAUGAAGAUAUGUACAGAAAGGAAAACAACAGCGAAGACAACGCAAACGGCGUUGCAUCGACUUCUCUUCUUCUACAUCCAACUGUCGAGGGCUAGACAAUGGAUUCAGUGAUCACAGUUUUUUUUUUUUUUUUUUUUUUUCUUCUAGUCGUCUCCUGAGUUUGUUUUUUAACGAGGGACAAGCAUGGGUGUCAGCGUAACUUGAAAAUUCUUUCCAGGAGUCGAGAUAGGAUAACAGAAACGAAGAAGACAGGCGUACAUUUUCAAUUAUUCGACUAAAGAAAAUAAAGUUUUAAACUCAAUGAUGAUUUUAAUUAAUCUAUGAUGAAUUAAUUAUCCAUAUUUCAUCCAUGAGAAAUCCUUAAGCAAAUCAUGCUACCACUAAUACCUAUUAUUUCCUGUGCACAGUGGUGAAUUGAAGAAUCUAAACAUGUUAGAAGAAAAAAAGUAAAAGAAAUGUAUGUAACGAUAUGUCUAUUCAAACCUGAGAGCUGACAUUUGAAGCUUGAACAAAACAUGCAUAUGUGUUCGUGAAUAAGAUAUUCUUUCGAGGAGUUAUUGAUACACGUAAAUAUAUUGAAAAAAUAUUGGGAACAGUAUAUCAAGUUACGACAGAUAACAUGCUUGCUUACGACGAUAUUCCUGACUGUCUACUUGGCCUGGUCUGGUCGAUAAAUUACGAAUGAAGCAACCUGGCCUCUGAUGGAGAUUAUUGUAAAUGGUGCUUACUCUACAUACUCUACUGCUGCUUGAAGAUUAACAAAUUCAAAGACAGAGGUAGUGAGGGUAAGCUUUAUUAGCGUGUGAUAAACCCGAAAAGUGACUAAAGUGACAAAAGAAAAUUAAAAAUAAUAAGAAAUAAAAUGAAGUAAAAAAGAUAAAAAUAAAACUAAAAGUAAAAAUAAUAUGCACGUCACAGAGACGAUUCCCGCUCUGGCGCGAGCUGUGAAUGAAUCUCUUAUCCGUCAACAGUAUUGAUAUAAUUAUAGAUUAAAUAAAUAAAUAUAAUAUCGUAAGAGAUUUAGCAUGUAAGUAUGUAUUGUGAAUUGCGAGAGUAUGAGCGGCCGAAAAAGCGAGAGAAAAAGAGUGAGUGAGAGAGAGAGAAA